AAGCCCUUCUUAGACUUCCUGCAUUUCCAGAGUAUUUCAAGAGGCAGCUUCUGUUGUUCACAGAGAAUCCUGCCCAGCAGAAGGGAACUCAGGUAUCACACCGCUCCACCAUAGAUGGCCCAGAAGAACCAGGCAGCAGCUUCCAAAGCCCGCCGUUCCAAGAACAAGCCCAGGGAGGCCCCAGUUGUUACGGGGCCCAACAUGGACUCCCUGGGUUUCCAGGCAAUGGACAGCAACGUUCCUGGCUUGUCCCAGGUCAUUCUUCAAAAGCUCAACAUGAAGAGCUACGAUGAGUACAGGUCUGCCAUGGAGGGCAAGCAACUCUGCCCAGAUUUUGGUAUACGAUCCUAUUUUGAGAUGUUCCAGAAAAUGGAGGACACGUUCAAGUUCUGUACUGAGUGCAAGAAACUUCCAGAAUCUCUGCCUGAUCCCAAAAGCCUGAGGAGAUGCAAAAGGUGCCAGAACGUCUACUACUGCGGCUCAGGGUGCCAGCGGGUCAACUGGCCCAUGCACAAAAAGUUCUGCAGGAAGCUGAAGCUGGUGGCCAUUGACCGACUCGUGGAGUGGCUCGUAUUCACAGGUGACAUCCCAUUCCCCACGGGCUCCUGGACAAAGCGAAUCCAGGAUGUGAAAGGCUGGGAUGACUGGUUCUCGAUGCAGGAGCAGCUGGACGAGAAGCUGAGCUCUAUCCUGGCUGGCCGUUACAUGAGCAUCCUUUGGGCCAAUGCGGGGAAGCCGAAGCCGGACGAGCCGGAGCUGAUAGAGUCGGUCAAGCGGGUGACAACAGACUUCGUGUCCCGGCCGGCCACCAUCGGCCUGGGCAUAUGCGCCUUCCAGCUCGACCCCUUUGCCAAGCCGAUCACGGUGCAUGUGGUCGGGGCGUCCCAUGUGGAGACCCUCAAUGCUCGUGCGACGGACUACGACGAGCUGUCGCGCAUGUUCCCGAAGCACCAAGGCAUCGAGGUGGUGAUGGUGGGCGUUGAUGUGGUGGACGGGGCCAUCAUGAGGCCGCCCCUGGUGGCCUUCGGGCCCCGGGAAAGGGUCUACCUCAGCAGCUACAAGGGCCUUUAUCACGACUUCUGGGAGUCCCUCGUGGAGAUGCAGCAGGCUGCCCGGCCUGACAUCGUGGUUGGCUUCCACCCAGGGUUUCAUGCCUGCCACAACCUCAUGGAGAGCUGGCUGCCCACCUUGCUGCUCCUGCGAGACUACAAGAUCCCCUCGCUCUUCACCAUGUACAGUGAACAGGAACUGAAGAAUUCGCUCAAGAUCCUGGUUGAGCUGGAGACCCUGAUCGUGGGCUGUGGGGCCAACCCCUUUGCCUCCCUCAAACCAGAGCAGGCCUAUUCCAACCCCAACAGACCUCCUGUGUACUGCAGCUCCCACUACGUGAUGUUCCACGGGCUGUCCGGCCCUCCCGAUGAGCCAGACGUGGGAGAUCUGGACCAGGAGAAGAUGGAUUAGGAGGAGGAGGAGGAAAGAUCCUGCCUCCUUUCUUCAUGCUCAGUGAAGACACCCUGCAGACGGGAACUGCGGGCACUCAAGCAGCUGUUUUUGCGCGCGCGCACGUGUAAAGACGCCGGUGCCUCGCAGUCAAAGUGCCAAGCCAACCCACCGUUAACCCACUGCCCUACCUUGGUCCCCAGCACCUCCUGCAUGAUCAUUAGGACCCCGGAAUGUAACUCCCUGCAGAAGGCAGUGACGCCAUGGAGGCAGGCCUUGCUGUCGCUUACCUUGGUAUUAUUAGCAUGAAUGCCCGGUGGUGGAGCCGUGGCUGGAUCCUGGGGCCAAGAUCCAGGGCCCAGCCCCUCCGCCCUGUGGCCUUCCUGAGAAUGGCCAGGUGAUCAGGGCAUUAGACACAAAGGCCAUUUUAUUCUCGCAGCCAUGAAGAUGUGGGGGUUUGAAUGAACCCAGCCUGCAGAAGUGCCCAUGCUCCAAGGAUUUAUUUUAACAGGGUUUGCAAAUAUUCCAGCCGAUCAAGGAGCAAUGGCAAAGCAUGACAUGGCAGGAGAUAAGGGUGCACUGUGUGCCCUGAAAGCUGCCUGCCGCAGGACUAGGGUCUAUUCUCGCCUGCUGGCCACUGUGGGCAUCUGCCCUCCACCCCUCGGCGCCCGCUCUGAACUUACCAGCAAUUCUCCAAGAAGCGAAGGUGGGAAUGCAUUUUCCCAGCAGCAGGUUCCAGUGGUGCUGCAAAGCACUUGGGGUGGCUUUGUCUGGAAUGGGCAAUGGAGAGUCAU